AAAAAAAAACGUACACAGAACGGCAGAGACAGAAUCCGGCUCUGCUCUGAACACGAGGCUGAGCAGAUAUUUUCCAUAACACCAGGACUUUUCUUGUCGAACUUAAUGCUAUGGAGAACUUUUGCAAUAACACAGUGUUGAACUUUGUCUGUUCUCCAUAUGCUGCUUCUGUGGUUUUCUGGCUUCUCUGUGCCGUGCUGUUCCUCUCGAUAAUUCUGAAUUUCAUUUGCUGCAUCAUGAAAUUCAGUUCAGGAAAAGAGACAUGUGCAAAAGUUAGAAAAAGUUUUCAUCAGUUUGGGUCAAGAUCAGGUCGGACUUCAUGCCAAAUGGAGGAUAAUCCCAUUUAUGGAAACCUAAACUACGUGCAGACAAGUGUAGCUGUGUACACAGAAAGUGAGCUUUGCUGCUCCUCAAUCAGCCCUGCAUCGUUGGGAAAUCUGCAGAGAGUGACAUCCGACCCUCAGUCCAGAAAUCAAGACUGCUAUGCCAACCUGACCCUCAAAGCUCCCCGGCAGAAGGCGGAGUGCAUCUCUCCUCAGCUGCAGUUCUCCCAGGAGGCGCAUUUAGAGGAGCCGACAGAGUCAGAGAGAGAAGACAACGAGGAGAACACAGACGCUGUCUCCACCGUGUCUGAUCUGUACGCUGCUGUGCAAGCACAGCGGGCCAAGACCAUCGACUGUGCAGACGGCAGAGAGGAGUACGCAAACCAUCUCUGAAGCAAGACCUGUAACCACACGACGGCGCUGUUGACAUUACAAAAAACGUUCUGUGUGCAACACAUGGAAACUAUGCCCUGUAAUGAACCCAGCAGCGUUACAAACAGGUUUAAAAACUACCUCCUGUGAUUUUGCUUCACAUGUAUAAAAAUGAAAAGAUUUUCCAACAGGAGCAACAAUACCAUUUAUGCUGUCAAUAAUUAUGUUUACCCACAUUUAAUGUUUUUAAAGCAAGUUUCAUUAAGUUGUUAAUCAAAAUGUUCCAUCCACAAAUAUGUAAAUAGUUUGUAUGUGUUUGUUGUUUUAGGUGUGAAAAGCCUAUACAAAAAUAUAUUUUCAAUAAAUAUUCAUAUGCAUUUUCAAACAUCAUAAUAUUGUUAAUAUAGACCG